GUGACAUAUGAGAGACUGAGCCCAGCUCACUGUGAAAGCAGGGCAGGCUACACUGACCUGGGGGCGACUGGGCCUUCGCUGCUUUCUACAUCCUCUGACUCGUCCCCAUCAGAAUCUCAACAGACUCGUCACCUCCAGGGCCUGCACUGCUCUCCCAAGGUUGCCCAAUUUCUCUCAUUUCCUAAGGAAGGCCAGGUCUGCCAGCACUUAGAGGGCAGGGCCUGCUGGCAUGCCCCAGGGUGAGGCUGGGCCCAGCGAGUCCCUCCUUUCGUGUGUCACAGGAGCCUGAGCCUGCAGAGGUGGCUCUCUAGCACCUAGCUAGAGACGAUUUGACCAGUGCCCUGCGACCCACGGUUCACUUUCAAGGGUAUCCACAAGAGAUGUGUCUGCUCCACCCAGUGGGAUGAAGCAUCCGGCCCUGAGUCAGGAUGCUGGGGUGCUGGCCAUCUCAGCCACCCACUCCCUUGCAACCCCAGGCAAGCAAGUCCCUUCUCUCCUCCCGGCCAGGGGCUUUCCAGAUGAAAGCAGCUGCACCCCUUUACUCUCAGGGACCUAAAAUUUCGGCGACCAUGUGGAGCCAUAAACCCUUCUGCCUCCUGUCCUCCCAGCCCCACACCUACCUGGCGUUUUCGUGUCACGGAACCUCUGCACGUGCUCUUCUCGAGGCCUAGAGUCCCUCUCUCUCCCUCUGGCCAACUCCUAUUUCAUCCCUCACAGACCCAACUCGAACGCCAUCAUCCCCGGAAAGCUGGGAUUCCUCCCUUCCGUCUCUGCUUCCUUAUCUCGCUGUCCUGCUGCGCGCGCCCUCAGUGUACGCGCAGAGCCCGGGGCUGAGGGCCUCCGGGUCCCUGACUGGGCGCGCGGCCGGGACCGCAGCGGCAUGGGGAGCAUCAGCAGCUGUGGGACUCCGCCCGGGCGCGACGGGGUUAAGGGACCCGGACCUUGAGGGCCCCACCUCCGGAGCGCUCCACCCGCGUGGGGGAAGCCGCCCCGGAGGCUCCGACCUCGCUCCUGCUUAUGACCCUCACAGCCACAAGAGCCCCCACUUAGAUGAACAUUUCGGACGGGACCCCGGCGGUUCAGACCCGGAGGCGGCUCCUACCGGAGGCGGCUCCUCCCGGCGUCGGCCUUCGGUCCUCCCAACCAGAGCGCUCUUGGGACAAGCCGGGGAUUCCCCGCCACCGCCCGCCCCCUGGCGUAACGGAGUCCGCGCAAGGCCCCGCCCGGGCCUGGCGCCGUCCUGGGCGGGAGGAACGCGCCGAGAGGCGGCAGAGCGCGGCCAUGGCUGGGCCCGGCGUCCCCGGCGCCCCCGUAGCCCGAUGGAAACGCCACAUUGUGUGGCAGCUGCGUCUUCGGGACCGUAUGCAAAAGGCGCUCUUCCUGGAGCUGGUGCCGGCCUAUAACCAUCUCUUAGAGAAGGCUGAGCUGCUGGACAAGUUCUCAAAGAAGCUGCAGCCGGAGCCAAACAGUGUCACUCCCACCACCCACCAGGGCCCCUGGGAGGAGUCAGGGCUUGACUCAGACCAAGUCCCAUCACUGCCCACACUGAGGGUGAAGUGGCAGGAGGAGGAAGAGGGGCUCCGGCUGGUCUGUGGUGAGAUGGCCUACCAGGUGGUGGAGAAGAGCGUGGCCCUGGGCGCCUUGGAGUCGGAGCUGCAGGAGCUGCAAAGCAGGCUGGCAACCCUGAAGGUCCGCGUGGCGCAGCUGCGAGAGGCACGGGCGCAGCAGGCCCAGCAGGUGGAAGAGCGGCGGGCGCAGAACGCUGUGCAGCGGGCAGCCUACGAGGCGCUGCGCGCGCACGUGGUGCUCCGGGAGGCGGCACUGCGCAGGCUCCAGGAGGAGGCGCGCGACCUGCUGGAGAGGCUCGUGCAGCGCAAGGCGCGCGCCGCAGCUGAGCGCAACCUGCUCAACGAGCGCCGGGAGCGGGCCAAGCAGGCGCGGGUGUCCCAGGAGCUGAAGAAGGCUGCCAAGCGGACCGUGAGCAUCAGCGAGGGUCCGGACACUGUAGGCGAUGGGAUGAGGGAGAGAACCGAGACUCUGGCUCUAGCCCCUGAGCCAGAGCCCCUGGAGAAUGAAGCUUGUGAGAAGUGGAAGAGGCCCUUCAGGUCUGCCUCAGCCACCUCCCUGACGCUGUCCCACUGUGUGGAUGUGGUGAAGGGGCUUCUGGAUUUUAAGAAGAGGAGAGGUCACUCAAUUGGGGGAGCCCCUGAGCAGCGAUACCAGAUCAUCCCUGUAUGUGUGGCCACCCGACUUCCUACCCAGGCUCAGGAUGUGCUGGAUGCCCACCUCUCUGAGGUCAAUGCUGUUCGUUUUGGCCCCAACAGCAGCCUCCUGGCCACUGGAGGGGCUGACCGCCUGAUCCACCUCUGGAAUGUUGUGGGAAGUCGCCUAGAGGUCAACCAGACCCUGGAGGGAGCUGGUGGCAGCAUCACCAGUGUGGACUUUGACCCCUCGGGCUACCAGGUUUUAGCAGCAACUUACAACCAGGCUGCCCAGCUCUGGAAGGUGGGGGAGGCACAGUCCAAGGAGACACUGUCUGGACACAAAGAUAAGGUGACAGCUGCCAAAUUCAAGCUGACAAGGCACCAGGCAGUGACUGGGAGCCGUGACCGGACAGUGAAGGAGUGGGACCUCGGCCGUGCCUACUGCUCCAGGACCAUCAAUGUCCUUUCCUACUGUAAUGACGUGGUGUGUGGGGACCAUAUCAUCAUUAGUGGCCAUAAUGACCAGAAGAUCCGGUUCUGGGACAGCAGGGGGCCCCACUGCACCCAGGUCAUCCCUGUGCAGGGUCGGGUCACCUCCCUGAGCCUCAGCCACGACCAGCUGCACCUGCUCAGCUGUUCCCGAGACAACACACUCAAGGUCAUCGACCUGCGUGUCAGCAACAUCCGCCAGGUGUUCAGGGCUGAUGGCUUCAAGUGCGGUUCUGACUGGACCAAAGCUGUAUUCAGCCCGGACAGAAGCUAUGCACUGGCAGGCUCCUAUGAUGGGGCCCUUUACAUCUGGGAUGUGGACACCGGGAAACUGGAAAGCAGACUUCAGGGACCCCACUGCACUGCUGUCAAUGCUGUGGCCUGGUGCUACUCCGGGAGCCACGUGGUGAGCGUGGACCAGGGCAGGAAGGUUGUGCUCUGGCACUAGGGCCAUGACUUCCCUGCCUGGGCUGGAGCUCUUGCCCGAAGCCUGAAGCUUCCCUCGGCGCCGUGCGGGGGUUGGGGUUGGUACUGGAGAUGGCCUUGGGAUUUAAUGGGGAAGAAGGCCUGGUAGGACCUGGCCUGUUUGUUUAAAAAUGAAGCUAGUUUUUCUUUGUAUUUUUAUCUCUAUCUCCUCACUUUUUCUCCCCAAGUAGAAAAAAAAUGAUAUCUAAACUGCG